GCAAACAGUCUAGUGAUAAAAUUACUAAUAAAAGGAAGCAGUUCGUUUCCUUUUCCUGUAAAGCAUACGAUGGAAAUGAGGAAGUUAAGAAUCAUCUAUUAAUCAGCUAGUGGAACAGAAAUGGCUUCAGCAGAAGUUGCAUCUAAAAUUCUCAGCUUUUUAUUAGAAAUAUGUAUAUUGAUAUCGGUAUUCACGUGUUUAGUAAGAGGGACAUGCCCAAAUCAUCCUAGCUGCGAAUGUACUCCUAAUUAUAUUAAUUGUACAUGCACCGGAGCAGAAGAUACGGUAUACAUAUCACAGUCAGAAGAUAAAUUUACUGGUACAGAAUUUAUUGUAAGCAAAUGCACCAGUGUCGAAGUAGAAAAACUUGCUUUGAGAAAUCUUAAUUUAGAAAUCCUUAAAUUUGUGGAAUUGGGUGAACUCAAUGUUCAAUCAUAUUCAUUCACAGAGAGUUCAAUAAAUAACAUUCUCAUGCAUAAUAUCAGUUUUCUUGAUUUACAGUCUUAUAGUCUUUCAGAUGUCAAAGACUGUUUGAGUUUAGAAAUAAUUAAUGCCAGUGUCGAAAAUUUUCCACCCACCGCAAUCAAUGGUAUCGAGGUCAAGUCUAUAGAAAUUAAAGAUUGCCAUAUUGGGACAGUGCAUUCAAGAGCUAUAACGCUUUCUAAUAUAGAAAGAUUUACAUUUGAAAACAAUUAUAUUAAUACUUUUGAUAUCACAUCGAUCAUAAUCAGAACUGCUAAACAAUUCAGUUUCAUACGAAAUGCCGUAACAGCUUCGAGUUUUGGAGCACUUUCUUUAGCAGAAGUCGAUAACAUAGAAGUGGGUCACUCUUCUUUUCGUCAAGUACACGGCAACAUGAUCAUGACCAUGGAAACCAAGUCUUUUUCUUUUCACGACUGCUACAUUGAAACUUGCGAAAAUAAAGCGUUUUGGUCAAUCAACACGACGGAUUAUUUAAAAUUUUCUGAUAACGAAAUAAAGAAUGCCGAAGAAGAUUCGUUGAUACCUAACCUCGGAACCACAAAUUUCAGCGCUAUACCUUCGUUGCAAGUAAAACAAAAUUUACUAACAUGUGACUGUCGUUUGGAAUGGAUCUUUGAGAGAUCUGACGAAAAAUAUAAGCUGUUGAAAGAAGGGAGUAUUUGUAAUGAACCCGAAGGAUUGAAAGGGAAAAGUUUGUUAAAUCUUGAGAUGUCGGUAGAUAAUGCUGACAACUGUGUUGAUAUUCGAGAAAAAUCAGAGGAUGUCACCGAAAUUAUGACAACAUUAGGAUCUAAAAAAUUAACGAAAAAACCAAAAAACACAAAGAAACCAAAAACUACAAAAUCAAAAUUUACAACUGAAAAUACAAUUCAACCUAAAGAUGCUCAAAAAUCAUUUAUAACUGAUGUGUCGGCUGAAAAACAGGAAGCUGUAAGUGGUUCUGUGAAGUUAUAUUUCUGCAAUUCACUUAUUUCUAUUGCUGUUCUUGUAAUGAUUAACAGAAAUUUUUAUUAUAAAUAACUUUAUAUAUAGCACGAAACAUAUUGUUUGUUAUUAUUAUUAAUAAUUAAUGAUUUGUAUAUUGUUCUCAAAUGUUAAAAUAUGAA